AUGUCAUCAAGCAAUUUCGAAUCCGUCUCAAACCAAGGCGAAUUCCACGCCCGUGUCCCGCACUCAGAGCCAGCAAACCCCAAAUGGGUCAAACCCGGCAACGAGCGCGGCAACGCCGCCCUCCCGACCUUCCACGCCGAGACCCUCCCCGCCGGCACGGCCCCCAAGGAAUCCACCUUCCAGCCCAACCCAUACAACGACGUCCCGGGGCACGUCUCCAGCGAGUCCGCGGAGCAGCAGCCCGGCACGCGCGCGGACGCGCAGGCCUCGUUGUCCGGCUCGACGGAUCGCGACAUCUACAACCGGACCGACGCCUUGCACGGGCGGCCGCUGGGCGGCCAGGAGGGUCGUGAGGAGCACGGCGCGCACCCGGGCAGGCGCAAGAAGGAGGGGGGUGGGCUCGAGGGUGUUGGCGCGUCGCAGGGGAGGGAAACGGUCGAGGGGAAGGUUCAUGGCGUGAGGGCGGACCGGGAGUAG